GGUGGUAUCAAGAAUAGUAAAAAGCUAAUCUGCAGGUGGGACUGGGGCUCUAUCAGCAGAGAGCGUAGUAGAGCUCCUGGGCUUACAAGAGCCAAGCCAUGGGCAUAGAAAGUCCAGAUCCCAGGUAAGGCAAAGUGCUGUAGCUGGUAUGAAGAUGCCAACUAAUAAAUCAAGAAAACCAAAAACCUUGCCCAAGGAUUUCUACCAAGCCCAGGGAACUACAUCUUGGGCUUAUGAGCCUCACUCACCCCAGAGAGACUCCAGCCAUCCAAAUCUACCCAUCAUUGGAAACAACAGCCAUGCAUCCCUGAGGGAGCUAUUGCUAGACAUUGAGAAGAAAUUGGAUGAGAAGCUAGAAAUCCUUACAGCCUUUGAUGGUAGAAUGGUGGCUUUAAGUGUUCACAUGGAGAGGCUGGAAAGGCUGAUAAACCGCCUUGCCUUGCCAGCCAUCCAGACUGAUUCAUCGAUCGAAAAACAGGGGGUGAAAACCCAAAUAUGGGACCAAACCUUGGAACAGCUGAUCAGACAAAACAGACAUCUCCAUGCCCGCCUGGAGCUACUGGAGAGCCAGGCCCAAGCCCACACCUUCAGAGUUUUAGGAUUGCCAGAGAAAGAAGAGGGGAGAGACCUAGAAGCGUUCCUGGAGAAAUGGUUGCCCAGCAUUCUGCAGCUAGACACACUGGAGAAUCCCAUCAUUGUGGAGAGAGCCUGGCGGGUGACAAGCAGGAAGUGGAAACCAGGGCCAGAGCAGUGCAGGACUGUUAUUGCUCGUGUAGCAGACAUAAGGGAUAAAGAGAGAAUAUUACAGCGGGCCAGGAGACUGAAAAACAUUAUGUACAAGAAGAAGCAGAUCCUAAUUGUUCCAGAUCUAGCGUACAUCUCCCAAGAUUUCAAGGAGGCCUUCAGCCUAUUUGACAGGACCCCAUCUGGGGAGAUGAAAAUCGCCUAUGCUCAAUGUGGAGAUGUCCUGCGGGCGCUUGGACAAAACCCAACCAAUGCUGAGGUCCUGAGGGUUCUGGGCAAACCCAAACCAGAAGAAAUGAAUGCAAAGAUGCUGGACUUUGAGACCUUCCUUCCCAUCCUGCAACAUAUUUCACGUAACAAGGAACAGGGAACCUAUGAAGACUUUGUGGAAGGACUACGUGUCUUUGACAAGGAGUCAAACGGCACUGUUAUGGGAGCAGAACUGCGCCAUGUGCUUGCCACUCUGGGAGAGAAAAUGUCAGAACGUGAGGUAGAGCAACUGAUGGCAGGGCAGGAAGAUGCCAAUGGGUGCAUCAACUAUGAAGCUUUUGUCAAGCACAUCAUGUCUGACUGAAGAAGAGAAACUUCAGGUUCUUGGAAGCAUUUCCAUCCGAACAAUUGUUACUAGUGGCACAGUUCCUUGACCCCUGUCCCUUCUUCUGCAAAGGUCCCAAGUCCAGAGCUAUACUUCACACAAGUCAAAACGAAGAGUCCCAAGUGUCACAACAUGCCAACCCUAUACUAGUGUGUGGAAUAAUCUCUGUAUAUAAAAGGACACACAGCUGACCCCUCUGUUUUAAAUCUUAAUUUAUUCUUUUUGGGUUUUUCCUUGUGUUAUCUGGUUCAUUAAAUUUCACACACCCACCAAAUAUCA